GCUCUGUCCCACCUGCAGCACUGACGCUGGGUCCCAGCUGCGACGCGGAGGUCACCAGCUCUUCUGCUUCUGCAAUCAGAUCCCAAGAGACUCGAGAAGAAAAGAAGCGCUUCUUCCCUGCUUGCCUGGCCCUAGCCAUCUAGGAUGCGGCUUCUCAGGAGACUCCGGUCGUCCGCUCCAGAGCCCACCUUCUCCAACGUGCUGACCCCGGGCCGCAUCCCCGAGUUCUGCAUCCCACGGCGGAUGCCUUUGCCCUGCGUGCCCGAAUCCCCGCUCCCAGCAGCGCUGCCCCGCCGCUGCGCCGCCGAACCCGACCUAUGGCCCAGUAGGGCCGCCUACGACCGAGGCGAGGACCGCACCGACUGGGACCCGCGCUCGCAGGCCGCGCUCUCGCUGCCACACCUGCCCCGCGCGCGCACCACCUAUGGCUUCUGCGCGCUGCUCGAGAGCCCGCACCUGGGCCGUGCGGGUGACGGGCUGCGCCUGGCCGCCGAGUACUGUCCCCGCCGCGCGCGCCUCCACAUCCGCCUCCUGCGCGUCGAGGGCCCGGCCGCCGCGCUCGAGCCCCGCGCCGUCGGCUGCCGCCUCACCCUGCUGCUGCGCUCGUCGGGCCAGCAGCGCGCCGCCGUGCUCGGCCGCAGUCGCAAGGCCGCCUUCGGCCAGGACUUCAGCUUCGACGGGCUCGCGGAGGAGCAGCUGCGCCGCCUGGCCGUCCGCGUCAAGGCCGAGAGCAAGGGCAGCGGCCUGGAGCGGGGGCGUCCGCUGGGCCAGGGCGAGGUGCUACUGGGCUCGCUGCUGCCGCUCUGAGCCCCGCAUCCCUGGGACCCGGACACUGGGCCUCUGGGCCCUUGGGCCCCAUGGCCACUUGACCCUGGGACACUGGCAGCCUCUUGGCCCUGGACACUCAGCCUCUUGGACUUGAUAGUCGCUUGGGGACACAGACAGCCUCUUGGCUCUUGGGCCUGACAGCUGAUUGUCUCGGAGGUACUUAGCCUCAGGACACACUUUUGUACAAAAUAAAUGUUAUUUAGUUUUCUAUUUA